AUGAAUUUAGGUUUAUAAGAUUUUGAAUUUAAAAGAGUUUUAGGUGUAGGAGCAUUUGGUGCAGUUUGGCUUAUUGCUCAUAAUAGAUGGAUAGGAAUUAAAAAGAGAAUUUAAAAGCUGAAAGUAAUGUUUUCGAAAUUUUAACAGGUGAUUAUGUUGUCAAAGCUUUAUAUUCAUUUUAAUUUGAUAACCAUUUAUUUUUUGUUUUAGAUUAUAUAAAUGGAGGUGAUUUUAGGUAAUUAUUAAAUCGAGAAUGUAGAUUAGACGAAAAAACAAGUUAAUUUUAUAUUGCAGAAAUUAUUUUGGCAAUCGAAUAUUUACAUUCAUAAAAUAUUAUUCACAGAGAUUUAAAGCCUGAAAAUGUACUUUUGGAUAAAAAUAGGCACAUCAAAUUAGCAGAUUUUGGUUUAUCUGAAGUUGGACUAACUAAUAAAUUAUGUUUAAACAGUAAUGAUAAUUAAGAAUAAAAUAGUUAUAUACCAAAUUAAGAAAAUUCUAAGAAAAAAUAUAGAGUUAUAGGAACUCCAGAUUAUAUUCCUCCUGAAGUUAUAAAUGGAUUAUCAACCAAUAACUCUUCUAUUGAUUGGUGGAGUUUAGGCGUUAUGUUAUAUGAAUUUGUUAUUGGGUGUAGACCAUUUAGCGGACUUAGUGUAGAAGAAUUAUUUUAAAAUAUUAAAAAAGGUAAAAUCGAAUGGCCUUAAGUAGGAUAUUCAGAUGAUGAUAUAUCUCCAGAAGUUCAAGAUCUAAUAAUUUAAUUAUUAAAUCCUAAUUAUAAAAAAAGAUUAGGAGCUAAAAAUGUUAAUGAUAUUAAAAAUCAUAAAUUUUUUAAAGGUAUAAAUUAAUGAAUAUAUAAAAUAAUAAUAAAGGAAAAAAAAUAGGAAUUGAUUGGAAAAAUAUAUUUAAUCAAAAAGCUCCUUUAGAGAAUUACGAUUAAAAUGAAAAUUAAGAAGAAUAUAUAAAUGAAUAAUAAAUUGUAAAAAUAUAAAAAGAAAAAGACAAACUGGAAAAGUUACUUAAAAGAUAUAGUAAAG